GCCAGUACGGGCUGCUCAGGGACACCGCGGCCCCGGUCGGAUGCAGGAACAAGCGCUGAGCCGGUCCGCGACGGCUUGGGCUGGGGACCCUGUCGCUCGCUCUCAUCCUCACUCGCGGAGGCAUUACGUAUCGCUCCUAGGGCCGUACCAAGACAUUCAUCUCCACGUGCAGCAUCGCUAGCAGCCCCAGCGGUGCGCGUGCGCGUACGCUCCAUCCAACCUCGGGACCGGGGCUCACUCUGCUCCUGCGACCUCACGGCGCUGCACGAAUUCACAGUGCUCCCCAGUGCUGCCGUCCAGUGUUUCGUCGCGCAUUACCCCGCACACCGACCCCACCAUGAUGCGCAGACAGAGCGCAAAGGGCGAAUGGAUUCCCUCUGAGGGGCAUUGGCCCGUGGAUCCCCAGGAAGACGUCGAGGUUGACAAGGGCCGCAUCUGGGUCGACGGCUGCUUCGACUUCACCCAUCACGGCCAUGCUGGUGCCAUGCUGCAGGCCCGCCAACUGGGCACCGAGCUCCUUGUCGGCGUCCAUUCAGACGAAGCCAUCCUCGAGAACAAGGGUCCUACCGUGAUGCGUCUGGACGAGCGCAUCACGGCUGUCGAAGCCUGCCGCUGGGCCACGCGCGCCAUCCCCAAAGCUCCCUACGUCACCUCUCUGCCCUGGAUCACCCACUACGGCUGCUGGGACGUCGUCCACGGCGAUGACAUUACGUCCGACAGCAGCGGCCAAGACUGCUACCGCUAUGUCAAGGCAGCCGGGCGCUUCAAGGUCGUCAAGCGGACGCCCGGUAUCUCGACGACUGAUCUUGUCGGCCGCAUGCUGCUCUGCACCAAGACGCACUUUAUACAGUCGCUAGAGAAGAUGCUGGCUGGCGAAGAAGGCCCUGGUGGAGAAGACGAGCGGAAGGAGACGGGAGCGGCGAUGCUGCAGCGAAUCAAGGACUAUGCGACCGACGCCACGGGUCUGGCACCGGGAUGCGAUGUGUGGUACUGGCAUGCUUCUCGGCCCGCCAAGUACAGACGGACGACCCAGAGCUCGUCCGCAGACCCCCAGCGGCCGGGUGAGUCUCGUGCAGACUCAAACGUGGGCUCGCACCAUCAUGCUGUGAAGGAAGAGAAGGGGAAAUUCCGUCAGCUCGUGGAAGGAAAGGGCGUCCGCCCGGGGCAGAGAAUCGUAUACGUCGAUGGUGGCUGGGAUCUGUUUUCCUCGGGACACAUCGAAUUCCUGCGCAUCGUUACGCAGACGGAGGAAGAGCUUGCCAAGGAGCGAGGAUGGUACACCGAUGAAGCCCGACAGCAACGCAUAGAUCAGCACGGAGGAGACUACGGUCCAAGUUUCCUGGUUGCUGGCAUCCACGACGACGAGGUCAUCAACACCUGGAAAGGAAUCAACUACCCCAUCAUGAACAUCUUCGAGCGCGGGUUGUGUGUCCUGCAAUGCAAGUACAUUAACGCAGUUGUCUUUGGUUCGCCGUUUUCGCUAUCGAAAGCUUUCUUAACCACCAUGCCCUACGGCACACCUGCCGCCGUCUACCAUGGGAUAACAUCCUUCAUGCCGCUGUCCUACGACACGUAUGCCCCAGCUAAGCACCUCAACAUCUACCGCGAGAUCGCGAACCACAACUUCCAGCAUGUCAACGCAGGCGAAAUUGUUCAGCGAAUUAUGAAAAGUAGAGCAGCAUACGAAGAGAGGCAGCGUCUCAAAGGCGAGAAGGGGAUCACCGAGGAGGCUGAGAAGCGGAGACAGGAGUUGGAGCGAGAGCAAAAGAGAAGAGAGGUGGAGAGGCAGUUCGGAAUCUAGGCCGCGAAAACGGCCUGGGACUUCAGGUGAAAUGACAAGGAACGACGGAAAGGCAGGCCGCAGGCAUUCUUGCAUGAACGUAAGGUCAGCUGGUCAGCCCGGAUAUGAAAGCUUCGAAGAUACCACAUCACCCCAGCGCGAGGAAUGCAACUUUCAACACGUUUCCC